GGGAGGAGCUUUUGGGGACGGAAGGAGCCAGGUACAUGAAGAUGGAUGACUUGAAGGACCAUGAUGACGAUUUCCUGUCACCCAAGAAAUCUAUGGAGUACGAGAGAGGGCUGGGCACUGUGUAGGGGGGCUGGGAUGGGUGGUAGAUGGAGGGGGUUAGAGUGAGAGGGAAUGGGGGUAUAUUGGUAGUAAAAAAAGGGUGGAGGUAUUGUAAAGAACGGGGAAUUGAUGGGUUAAACCUAUAUUGGGAUGUGGGAAGUGGGAAUGAGAAUAUAUUCCCUACUCACUCCUUCUUGUUUUCUUCUCUCCAACAGCAACUACUCGCCUGCCAUUCCCAGGAUCCCUUGUGUCUCCCCGGAGAUGGUCCACCUAAAGGAGCAUGAGAUGGAGCAGGUACAGAACAGACCGGUUAGGUUCAAUCCCAUGGGCUUGCCAUAUUAUUAAUGAAAAUAUUUGUAUCACUGUAACCCUGUGGAGGGUGAUAGAAAUGUAAAAAUGCUACGAUGAGACAAGGUUUUUCUGUCUGUCUGUUAGGUACACACUCCAAUGCCAUUACAUAAGGAGUAUGAUGAUGACUCCCUGAUCCCCAGCAGUCCAGCUACAGAGACCUCUGACAACGUCAGUCCCGUGGCCAGCCCCAUACACACAGGGUCAGUACACAACCCUAACCCUACAUCUAACCCAUACACACAGGGUCAGUACACAACCCUAACCCUACAUCUAACCCAUACACACAGGGUCAGUACACAACCCUAAUCCUAACCCAUACACACAGGGUCAGUACACACAGUGUCCGUCCUACCCUGCCUGCAGCCCUACACUGACAAAUGCCUUAUGUUGUCCAUAAAUCAAUCUCUAAGAGUGAAAAUAGAAACAAUAUUAUACUGUGUCAUAAUGUGAGGCAUGUCUUUUGUCAGGUUCCUAGUGAGUUUCAUGGUGGAUGCUCGGGGCGGCUCGAUGCGAGGCAGCAGACACAACGGCCUGCGUGUCAUCAUCCCUCCACGGACUUGUGCCGCCCCCACACGUAUCACCUGCCGUCUGGUCAAGCCCCAGAAACUCCCCACCCCUCCCCCCCUGGUGGAGGGAGAGGGCCUGGCCAGCCGUAUCAUCUCUCUGGGCCCAGCCAGCAUGCAGUUCCUAGGGUGAGGACUUGAAUAAACACACUGUAGAGUAUUGAAGGCAGGACAGGUGCAUUUCGUAAUCAGGAAAAAAAAUUGGAUUGUUUAAUUGUGUUCCACCUUCGGUGAGGGUAUCCUCUAAUUCAGGGGUGUCAAACAUACGGCUAUUGAUGUGUGUCUGUGUGUGUCUGUCAGGCCUGUGAUCGUGGAGAUCCCACACUUUGCAGCUCUGGGUCGAGGGGACCGGGAGCUGGUGGUUCUGAGGAGUGAGAAUGGCUCUGUUUGGAAGGAACACCGCAAUCGUUACGGCGACGAUGUGCUGGAGACUAUCCUCAAUGGGAUGGAUGAAGGUAGUAGAAUGAGAAGUUCUACUAACUCAGUCAGACCUGAUUACAGUCACUGAUAAUGGGCUGUUUGGUGUUUAUUAGUGCUUUCUUAUCAGUACUGUAUCAGUAUUCCCCACUCUUAUUGACCAUUACGGUCUGCCUGUUUAUUCCUUUAGAUCUGGAGAGCCAAGAGGAGCUUGGGAAGAAGCGUAUCCGACGAAUCAUCUCCACUGACUUCCCCCUCUACUUUGCUGUGGUGUCGCGUGUCCAGCAGGAGAGUGACCUGAUUGGCCCAGAGGGGGGUCAGCUCACCAGUAAGCUGGUGCCGAUGGUCCAGGCUACGUUCCCUGAGACAGCGGUCACCAAGCGAGUCCGUCUGGGCCUGCAGGUGAGAUGGGAGAAUGAGGAGGAAGAAGCAGGAGGAAGACAGUAUCGUUAGUGCCUGCCUGUAUGACCAAGCAUGCUAUAUGCAGGGUUGGGGAGUGACUGAUUACAGUUACAUGUAAUCAGUUACAUUACCAGCAAAGAUAUCGGAAUCAGAUUAUAGAUCAUUUUUUUAAAAUGGAUGAUUACUUCUUGGAUUACUUUGAAAUUCAGAAAGGAUGUUUGCGAAAAGAUACAUUGACACCUUUCUGUUUUCUCAAUGACAUUUAAUUCAGCUGAGUGAGUCUGACCAUAAGUCAGAGACCACUAUGAUGACACACCAAAUGUGUUUGAUGGAUCCUUUUUGUCUUCUUCUAAUGCCUCUUAAGGGGAAAAGUCAUCCAAAAGUAACAGAAAGUAAUCAGAUUAAGUUACUCAGUUUGGGUAAUCCAAAAGUUACGUAACUGAUUACAAUUUUGGACAGGUAACUAGUAACUGUAACGGACUACAUUUAGAAAGUAACCAACCCAAAUCUAGCUGAAUGUAUGCUAUAUGUAUUUGGUUUGAUCAGCACAUUUGAUAUUUUUUUCCUUGCCAAGAGUUUUUGGUUUUUGUUGUCAAUAUGGAAAUUGCCUUUUUUCUGUGUUCUACACUACACACAAACAUUGAGAUUUACUACAUACACGUAGUACAGUAGUCACUUAACUGUGGGCAUUUUAACCUUCAAAGUUUAUUUGAGGCUGUUUUGAAAGGGCAUAAUUGAGUCACCAAUGUUUGCAAAUGAGCAUGCCAGUAUCCUAAAGCUUAAUGCAUCAUUCACUACUGUGGUUAUGUUCUAUAGCUAUAGUCAUGGUUACAUAAUGCAGAGGGACCUUGUUACAGUGAAUGUUCUUUAGCAGCAUGCCUGUUAUAAUCAGAGUGGAGAGUGGUUUAGAUUUGAUUUCGUAACAGUGGUGAGUGGUUUUAUCCCUUGCCAUGGAUAACCUCCAUAUUGGCCUACAUACUGUAGUAGUCUCAUCUUUUUAGGGAAAUAUGUGUAUGUUACAGUGAACAUGGCACAGAAUGGACUUCACCAUGCAUGGAACUUCCAUCUCCCCUGCUGCUUUGGGGCAUCCGCUGUGCUGCAUGCAGCCUGUAGAGCUGUGAAUGUAGAGCCUUAUAGCCUCAUAACCCCAGUCAUAGCUUUACGCUAGCAGAUACGGCAACCUUUUCAAAGGCUGUACUAAGUGAGACAGUUCACUUGAAUGUGUAGCGAGGGAGAUCAUUUAUUGUAUUCUAAACAUCACUUCCCAUUCAUCAAGUGAAAUAAGUGAACGAGGGAAUCUGCACAUGAAUACUUGAAUUGUGAGAUGUUUUAUGUACAGUACUGUGACUAGUUACACAGGGCCUUGGGUCAAACAGUCCCUUUUUCUUUAAUAUCUGUUUUGUAUGAAUGUAUAAAGGUUCAGACCUUCAUUGUCGAUGUACACUGAGUGUACAAUUAAGUGAUAAUGCCCAAGAAGCCAGUGUUUGGAGGAUAUAUUGGCACGGGUGUUGUUAGCAAACCAUGCCAAUUUAUCCUCCAAACACCGGCUUCGAGUGCAUUAUCACUUUUAUACAACGGGUUACCAACAUAUUCGAAUAAUGAUUUACAUAUAUUCAUAACAAUGCCAAGAGUAUGCAAUGCUGUCAUCAAGGUAAAGGGUGGCUAUUUGAAGAAUCUCAAAUAUAAAAUAUAUUUUGAUUUGUUUAACACUUUUAUGGUUACUACAUUAUUCCAUAUGUGUUAUUUCAUAGUUUUGAUGUCUUCACUAUUAUUCUACAAUGCAAAAAAAAAUUAAAAAUAAAGAAAAACCCUUGAAUGAGUAGGUGUGUCCAAACUUUUGACUGGUAGUGUAUAUCCAUAAAAUUUAUGCUGAUUCAUGAUUUCGACUGGCUGAGAAAAGCUGCCUGCCUUUAUGUCUUGUCCCGACUCCCAACACGUUCAUUACUAUGCGACAGCUGGAGAUCGAAUUUGAAUAUUGAAACAAUGUCGCAAAUGUCGGAGAGACAGACAGCAAGGUUUAUACAAAUCUCCCUGUUGAAAAUUAAAUGUUAGUCUAAAAGAAAUGUGAGAUAAUGUGUAGAUGCUUUUUAUAGUGGAGAUCAAGUUUUUAAAAUGAGACAGUGGAUUGCGCAGUUAGAUGGAACAGAGUAAAUACAGUGCCUUCGGAAAUUAUUCAGACCCCUUGACUUUUUCCAAAUUUUGUUAGGUUACAGCCUAAUUCUAAAAUUGAUUAAAUUGUUUUUUUCCCUCAUCAAUCUACACACAAUACCCCAUAAUGACAAAGCAAAAACAGGUUUAGACGUUUUUUUGCUAAUUUAUUAAAAAUACAAAUGAAAUAUCUCUAAUUCGCUCUUCUUUUCUCUUCCUAUUUCUCUUCUUUUCUCUUCCUAUUCUCUCUCAUUGCUAUCCAUCUGUUCCCUAUUCUCUCUAUCCUAUCCGUUCCUAUUUCUCUCUACAUUGCUAUCCAUCUGUUCCUAUUUCUCUCUACAUUGCUAUCCAUCUGUCUUUCCUUACAUUGCAUCCUCUGUUCCUAUUCUUCUACAUUUCUAUCCAUCUGUUCCUAUUUCUCUCUACAUUGCAAUCCUUCUGUUCCUAUUUCUCUCUACAUUGCUAUCCUUCUGUUCCUAUUUCUCUCUACAUUGCUAUCCUUCUGUUCCUAUUUCUCUCUACAUUGCUAUCCAUCUGUUCCUAUUUCUCUCUACAUUGCUAUCCUUCUGUUCCUAUUUCUCUCUACAUUGCAAUCCUUCUGUUCCUAUUUCUCUCUACAUUGCUAUCCUUCUGUUCCUAUUUCUCUCUACAUUGCUAUCCAUCUUUUCUAUUUCUCUAUUGCUAUCCCUGUCUAUUCUCUACAUUGCUAUCCAUCUGUUCCUAUUUCUCUCUACAUUGCUAUCCAUCUGUUCCUAUUUCUCUCUACAUUGCUAUCCAUCUGUUCCUAUUUCUCUCUACAUUGCUCAUCCACCACAUCCUCUCCCCUCCAACAUCAGGCCCAACCAGUCCCAGAUGAGCUGGUUGCCAAGCUGCUGGGUAACCAGGCAACAUUCAGCCCCGUGGUGACUGUGGAGCCACGGCGACGCAAGUUCCACCGGCCCAUCGGCCUGUGCAUCCCCCUGCCCCCCUCCUGGAGAGAGAGCCCCCGGGACUCUGGGGAGGGGGACACCACCAGCCUGCGCCUGCUCUGCAGUGUCAUCGGUACGCCAACACUGUCUGUCACACUUUAGCAAGCCUGACUGAGGCCUUACGGUGGACUAAUUCAGCAGUGAAACUGCAUUACUUAAGGAAUAGCUUAAUAGUUUCCCUUUAUUUAGAGUAACUAUGAGUUGGCCUGCAUUUACACCUCAUAGACAGAAGGACAUUUAUUGAACAUAGUGAUUCGAAGUCUCUCAGCUGUGAGAUGGGAAAACAGUGCAAUCCAGAUUUAUGUAGGUCUGCAUGCCAGAGAAGAAGCAAUGUCAUUACUAUACUCAGCAACUGUUAAUUAUCUUCAUUACAAUGGCCAUCAAAGUGAUAUGGUGAAGUAAAAUCACCUUGCAUGAAUGAAUUACAUUUUAUUUUCGUGUCAAAUCGCCAGUUGGCAACCCAUAUCUUACGGGAUUAAUUGACACAUAAACAAACAUUACAAUGGUUCACAGUGAUAAUUCAGUGAUAAUUAUAAUUGUGUUCUGCGCAGUGCGCACCGCAUAAAGAAUGACAAAUAAAUCAAUACAUAAUAGCAGAUAAGGUUAUCCAAGCAAUAAUAAUAACCCUAGAGCAGUAAUAAAAAGUACAAAAAUAAAACAAUACAGAUAAAUAAACACAGAAAAAUGAAACGGAAGGUGUUUAUCUGACACAAAGAGAAGAUUCAAAUGUGAGACAGGCCUGCACAUAACCUAUAUACAUACGUGCACUUUGCUAUAUGUCUGGAGCUAAAUAUUUUUAUAAUUUAAUUAUAGGUUGCCUUUUCUUUUAUUCCAGGCUUUAUCUAACAAUUCAGCAAGCGGAAAUGCACAAAGGACAAAAAAACAUUUCAGUUUCUCCUCAUCGCUCAGCCACAUAAUGCCAGGGUAUAUCUGGAGGGCUUUCUGGAAUAAAGACAAGCGUAUAAUCGUGGUAGAAAGGGCAAUAGAGGAUCAAAUGAAUUUCAUUCUCUAUCUCUUAACCUACAUAGUCUUUCCUGGAAAAGGUCACACAUUUCAGUUGCCCAUGCUCCCCCUAUUGAGCACCAGGCUCCCCCUAUGGAGCGAUCCCAUUGAAAAACCUUGCUGGCAAUUGGCACGCCUGCCAUCUCACCUCACAGGGUUCCUAGUUAUUGCCAGUAUAGGCACAAACUUGUGGACAAACCUAAAAAAUGACGUACUGCUCUAUUAUGGACAUGUUUGUUUUUGAGAUACAGUCUCUCUUAGAACUCCACACUCCUGCUGAUUGAGGUUUAGGAUGUGAACUUGUGUGUCUAAUUAACAUGAUUGCAUGUUUAAUGUACCUUUUUCUCAACCCAACCUCCAAUUUAAACGCCAACCUAUGGCAUAACUGCAGUAAUAGAAUUACGCCAUGGCUUGACGUUUUAAUUACGCCAGGUGUUGCAAUAAUUUAACUGUCACAGAAUUACACCAUGACUUGACGUUUUAAUUACGCCAUGUGGUGCCAUAUUUUAGCUGUCAGUCAAAUUCCUCAAAAGUGAAACUAAAACUUAAGUUUAGGCAUUAAUUCCGAAUGGUUAAGGUUAGCAUUAGGGAUAGGGUUAAACUUAAGUUUUGGCAUUAAUUCCGAAUGGUUAAGGUUAGGGUUAAGGUUUGGAAAAGGCUUAGGACUAGGAUUAAACACGUGACCUUCGGAGCCGGAGUCUGCGGCCAUCCCUGUCCACAAUGCCCUAGUAAGCCACAAGUCUACUAGAAGGCAGUAGGCACUCAUGUUGCUCCUAGUGGACGGUAUAGCGUUCACAUUUCGCCAGCUCCAAACUAAUCUGGUACCUGGCGUAUUCCAUUAGAGAAUGGGCUGCUUUUUCUCCUCCUCCCUAUGUCUUUGUGUAACUGAUCUCUCUUCCUUAUCUCCAGGUGGCACAGCCCCAGCCCAGUGGGAGGACAUCACUGGUACCACCAAGCUCAUAUAUAGCAAAGACUGUGCCAACUUCACAACCAAUGUGUCAGCACGGUAAGUAUAGAGUAACAACUCACUCACUAGCAUUCAUGUUAAUUAGACAAACAAGUCCACAUCCUAAAUCUCACAAUCUAAACCUCAAUCCAGCUCUUUUUGUUACUGGAGAGCAGUUAUCAAGGUAUGCUGAUCUCAAAGGAUCCAAUCAUGAAUAACUUAAGGGUUGCCAUAAGUCCUACACAAUAGUGUCUCUUCUCAGGUUCUGGCUGGCUGACUGUCCUCGGACAGCCGAGGCUGUGUCUUUCUCCAACCUCCUUUAUCGGGAGCUCUCAGCCGUGCCCUACAUGGCCAAGUUUGUGGUGUUUGCCAAGAUGAACGAGGUCCGUGAGGGCCGCUUGCGCUGCUACUGCAUGACUGAUGACAAGAUGGACAAAACCCUGGAGCAGCACGAGAACUUCAGCGAGGUGGCCCGCAGUCGUGACAUCGAGGUCAGUACAGGGAGUUAUAUUGAUGGUUAUCAUGAUUAUGUCAUUGUUUAUUAACUUCAGGCACUGUGAAGUGAGUGGAGUGAGUGGACCAGUCUGUGUAUAACGUUAGUGUCGCCCCUCUCAGGUGAUGGAGGGAAUGCCGCUGCACCUGGAGUGUUCUGGGAACCUGGUCCCAGUGAGGAAGGCUACCCAGCAGCCUCGCUGUUUCAGCUUCCAGGCCUUCAAAGACAACAGACUCCCCGUCUCAGUCAAGGUGCUUAACCCCCAUCUCACUGUCUUCAUCCCUCUCUCCAAUACUCCCUCCAUCUCUGGGUCUCCCUCUCACUCUGAAAAUGUAUCUUGUCUGUUUCUCUCGGUUCUCUUCUCCAAGGUGAGAGACAGUAGCAAGGACCACUCUGGAUUCCUGUCCUUCCUGCGCAAGUCUACCAAGUACGAAGACAGCCAACAUGUGCUGUGCAACCUCAACAUUACCAUGCCCCUGUGUAUCAAGGUAGGCCUCAACAAAUAGUUCACGUUUUUGGGGUGCUUUAAAAAGCACUGCACUUUCAUUUUAGAAUACACACGUUCAUAUUUAAUGUUGUGAACUUGUGAGAUCUGAGACAAAUCUGCUGUGAUUAUUUAUUCCCAAGGCUUUUGCUUGUAUUUGAUUGGCAGGCUGCUGGUAGUGAAGACCGGAGGCGAACUCUGACUCCAUUAGCCCUGCGAGAGAGAUACAGCGCCAUGAAUGAGCCUGCCAUGGGUAAAGGUGCCUGCCAUCCCAUCCCAUCCCAUCCCUAUGAUACUCCAUACAGACCGCCAUUGUCUUCCGACAGGUGGCAUCAUUCCUACACGACGCUUGUCCCUCAAUCAGUGCAGACGAGUUAGUCAAGCUACCUGACAUAAGACAAUGACAUACCCCACACCAACACGUUCACAUUCCAUGUGCCCCUUCAUGCAGUAAUAAUCACAACGGUGCAUUAACUUCUCAUGUUAAAGUAUCAGUUGUGAUCUGGUUUCUGCAGCAUCAAUGAGUGCCAUGGAAAGGACAGAGUUGAAGAUGGCUUUGAUAGCUGAACAGUUGGGACUGAGCUGGGCUGGUGAGUGAGUGGAAUGAGCGUCUGUGUCUCGUGCCUGUGUUUGGUGCUUGUGUCAGUGUCAGUGUCUGUGUAUCAGUGUUUAAUGGCUUGGGGCUGCUUUUCCCUUCCUCCCUGCCUCUGUCUCUCAAUGGUCUGUACCUCCUCCACCUUUGUCUCUCCAGAGCUGGCGAGGGAGCUACAGUUCAGUGUAGAUGACAUUAAUAAGAUCCGUGUGGAGAAUCCUAACUCCCUAUUGGAGCAGAGUUCUGCCCUGCUCAACCUAUGGGCCACCCGUGAGGGCAAGAGAGCCAAGAGUAAGUACCUGAGAUCCCAUAUAUAGGUUGGUGGAUCCCUCCUGUGCAACCUCUUAUCCUAUAUUCAUCAUAUCCAUUCUCCACUCACCCAUCGUACAGUCUUGCACUGGCUCCUGGAGUUGCACGUGAGACUUCUCCACUCUAUGCAGUACCUUAUAUUAACAUUGUGCUAACUCUAUCGUUUUCUGGGACAGACCUGGGUCUGUCAGGGUACUGGUAAACAAUUUCAUUAUUCUCCUCAUAAUAUCUUCCAUUUCCUUGUCUGUUAUUUAACUGUCCAUUUCCCAUUUUCCUGCCUCUCGUCUCUGUUUUCUCUCUCUCUCUAUCCUUCUCUCCUCCCCCUUUCUCUGUCUCUCUUUGUCUCUUGUGGCUCCUAUGUGCAGUGGAGAGUUUGUACACAGCUCUGAAGAGCAUUGACCGGAUGGACAUAGUGAACAUGUUGGAGGGCCAGGGGCCACAGCCUGCAGGGAGGCAGGCCCGGGAGCCAAGCAGACGCAGACACAAUGAGAUUGACCACGUCUCCCCCAGCCUGAGCAAUGGUAAGGCUUCUCCCCAUCCCCAUGCAGCCCUCUCCCACACCCAAGCCCCAUGUCCUACCAGUUCUUCUCUCUCCUCCUCCUCUCUGCUACCUCUAUCACCUUCCUGCCUCAAUCCUCAGUCAAUAGCUGUUCUAUGCUACUGCCAUAAACUUGAGAUUUCUACAAAUGUGUAACGCAGCAACCUGGACCAGGACUCAAGACACUCCGACAACAACUGCCUCUGUGGUGCCACUCAAAGCCUGACUCGGAUACAUUUCCUUGUUUCUGGUUGAAUACUAUGAAUCAAUUACCUAUAGUGCCUUCAAUCAAAAUUACAACCUUGUCUAAUAGUACCAGCUAGAUUUUAGGAUUCUCUCUCCACUGAAAUGGCCCUUGAAACAUUUUGCUGGGGGGAGAAACUAUUACUGGUAUAUGGAUUUAAGCAAUAUGAACGGAGCCUGCCAAUAAGAGUAUAGAUUAAAAUAGAGAAUUAUUAGAUAUAUUUAAAGAUUACAACUUCAAGAAACAUUUGUUUUCAUGUGUGUUUGAUAAAGUUAUUAGCAAUAGGAGAGUUGAUGAUUUAAAAAUAAAUAGAUACAAUGACUGAAAUGCUUAGUGUUAGUCAGCUGUGUUGGGUGAGUCUCAGAUUCUGUUCAUGCCAAAUUUACAUUUUGUUAGAUCUUUAUUCAGUACAUAAGUUAUUACACUGCCUCACUACUGUGUCAUAUCUGUGUAUGUGACAGAUGUAUGUUAUUACAUCCUAUAAAGUAUGAUAUUGGUUAUGAGUUGAUUAUGUUAAUCUUUAUCCAACAUGAUUUAAACCACAAUCUGCCUACUUAGGCCUUAUGUGAGAUACAAUGCAGGAUAUCUUGUGUCUGUAACAAACUCAUACAUGAAUCCUGUCUGUAGCUUUUCUUUCAAACGUACUGUAGUUGGCUUUCCUUCCAGUGGUCACUUCUCAAACGUUGACUCCUUUUCCUCAUGGUUUAUUCUUUUACACAAGCAUGAUAUACAUCAGAUUGACUCCAAUUUCACCCCUGGACCAGUGUGAAAAAAUAAUGCACUGGACUGACCAUCACUGGAGUGCUGUGGCCUCUCUUCUGGCUCUGCUCUGUGCCCCAGUGUCUCGUGUCAUCACAGCAGGUGCCAGUGCCAGGUCCCUUCAGUGAAAACUGGAGCAAUAAUUGGUGAUGUAACUCAUGCAUAGAUAUGACCAUGACGGACAAAGGGACAAACGGGAGAUGCUCAGUCAGAUCACAGCUGCAGUGAAUCUGAUAUCUGACACCUGUCCAGUCUGCCCCCCAAAGCUCUUUCCUUUGAUGCUGUCUGUCUGGCUGUGUAACAAGGUGGCCACACUCUCACGGGACAAUACCAACCUGACCUCCAGACAUGGUAUUGUGUGUUUUUUACAACAAUGAUUUUCAAGAGGUCUAUGAUUUAUAUGAGUUAUGACUGAUGUUAUGAACAGGUUUGUUUCUGGCUUAGCGGAUGUAGCUAGAUAGUACGUAUAUGACAUAAGGGGAUGGUACAGAAUGAGGAUUCACCUCUGGCUCAAUGUCAGUCUGGAAGAUGAUUACUCCCUUGAUGACUAUUACAAGAGUUCCCUAAUUAACCUUCACAAUCAAAGUAAUUGAGAUCACAAUAGAUUCUGAGGUGGGAAUCCAAAUCUGGAGACUGCAACUAAAUCCCACAUUCUACUCUUAACCCAGGCAUAGUAUAUAUAGGAAACAGAAGGUUUGUUUUUCUACACUUUAGACAUUGUGGAAAACACUUAUUUUUACGAUACCUUCCAGUCUACCUGUCCCUGUCUUUUGCUUAUUUUUGUCACAUUGGGCUCUUAGUGAUUUUGCCAUUCAAUUCCCUUUCUUAUCUCUAGUGGUUUGAGUGGUUUGAGUCUGAGACACAUAAUAUGUAACUCAAUAAAAGCAAUGAGAUCAGUUUAGUAAUACCAGAGAGGCUUGGGAGGCCUGAACUGAAUCCAGCUAGGCUCCUGUAAGGGUAACACAUUACUUUCUCUCUGCAUGGCGGCGUAGUAGGAGUCUCUUCGGACAGGGGGUCGUUCCAUUCGGUGUACUCUUUGUUCCUCUGGGAUCCUCCUACUUGUUCCCUUUGACUAUCUGUCCCCUCUCUCUUUGUGUUUCUCCGGACAUGUCAUCUGCAGCCCAGCCGCCCUACUCUUCCUCCUUCUCACUCCUCCUCUCCGACCUCUGAACUCAUGCCCUCCGACCUCAUGUUGACCUCUGGCCCUCAUCUUUAUUUUACGACCAGUUGUGCAUAUUUUUUAUAACUCUUUAUUUUUUGUACUCUUGAAAAUUCCACCUUUUUAACCGUCUGCUCUGUGACCAAUCCCCCUCACACACUGUGUGCUCAGCACCCCCGGAAGGGGGGAGGUGUCCCUCGCUCUGUCACACUCUCAGUCCAUGUCUCCCUCUUUCUUCCUUGUCUCCCCUGUCUCUGUCUGUCUCUCUUUUGUUCUGUGCCUGUAUUUUUUUCUUUCUUCCUCUAUCUGUCUUCUUCCCUCCUAUUUUCCCUAUCUGUGUUUCCCUCCCUGCCCUGCCUGUGCACGAGGCCCACUCUCGUCUCCCACCUCCGAUAUGCUUGCAUGGAAGCAUUGGAAUGAGGUUGCAGGAGCAGUGGCCUGUGGGAGACUUAGUCUGGAGCUGUGCAUGCCUCUGCGUCUUGUAGCUGCUUUACUAACAUACUGAUAUUGCAUGGUAUGCAUGCUGGGCACAGGAGGUUGGUGGCACCUUAAUUGGGUAGAACGGGCUUGUGGUAAUGGCUGGAGCGAAACCAGUGGAAUGGUAUCAAAAACAUCAAACACAUGAUUUCCAUGUGGUUCAUACCAUUCCAUUUGCUCCAUUCCGGCCAUUAUUAUGAGCCGUCCUCCCCUCAGCAGCCUCCUGUGGUGUGGAAUGACCUGACUGUCUAGUCUGCCUGUUUAGAUCCUCAAAAUAUUGUAUUCCUUGUGGGUGGUAAAAAAGGACCUGAACCCUUUUUUAACCGUGUAUUGUAACUGCUCUGUUCAUGUAUGAAUGUUGUGAAGUGUUGUUUAUCUGUUGUCUGUGUGUAUGUGUGGGUUUAUCCUGUGGCUUUGAGUCACUCCAGAAUUUGGGGAUGUAGUAUCUAUGCCCCUUCUCUGUCACACACCUCAUAUUUGCAGGGAGUGUGUUCAUGUGACCCUUCCAUUGAAUCUCUCUGUUCUAUGCGAGUUGGUGUGUGUGUGUGUAUGUGUGUGUGUGUGUGUGUGUGUGUGUGUGUGUGUGUAUACAUGUCUGUGUUUUAUAUGUUUUGUCCAGUGGGUUGUCUUCUAUGAGUGUCUGUGUGCUUCAGUGUGUCUUUGUGUAUUUCACAGUGUGUGCUUUCUUCCAGUCUGUGUGUGACUGUAUGUGUCUCACUCUGUAUGUGAGCUUCAGUCAGUUUUCUAUGUUUACAGUGUGUUUGUCUUUUUACCAGGAGGGUCAGGCCACCAUGUUAAUUCCUUCUCACUAACACCCUCCCCUAUUCCCCUCCUCCCUCUCUCUGUCACCAUCCCACUUCACCAUCCAACUGACCAUGGGAGUGACACCACCCACAGACACAAACAUAGAGAGAGAGAGAGAGAGAGAGAGAGAGAGAGAGAGAGAGAGAGAGAGAGAGAGAGAGAGAAGGACUGGCAACAAGAAUGGAUGGAAACGAACUGGAUGGCAGAACAACACAGAUUUUAGAUUGUCUUUUAGAUUGUCAGAGACACAAACAGACAAUCUAAAACCAUGUACAGUAGAAACUAACCUGGUAUUGGCGAUACUACUAACAAUCGAGAACGAAGAUAGUAUCGCCAAUACCAGGUUAGUUGAAAUAUCUCUGACAAUGUUUUGUAUAGGCAAACCUGUAACUCCCAGUAUAAUGGAUACCAACAAUGUUUGGUUAAAUCACUAUCUGGUGUUACAAUCUGUUGCUAGCCCUGGACCAAAGGUAAGGUGGCUGUCUCCCUGGGCACAUGUACAUAAAACACGGUCCUCAUUUCUCACAUAGAUGCACAUCUUAAAUCAGGUUACAGACCAGUUAACUAGGCCUAAGACCACUAGACUUAGCGAGUGCAACAAUAUUAGUAGGCUAGUUAUUGGUUUCGUAACAACAUACACAACCUCAAAAGAUGAUUUACAAACAUACAGUAUACCGUGAUAUGACAUGAAUCACCCCACUGGCUAUAGAGUAAUGUACAGUUCCAGUCAAAAGUUUGGACACACCUACUCAUUCAAGGGGUUUUCUUUAUUUUUACUAUUUUCUACAUCAAAACUAUGAAAUAACACAUAUGGAAUCAUGUAGUAACCAAAAAAGUGUUAAACAAAUCAAAAUAUUUAAGAUUCUUCAAAGUAGCCACCCUUUGCCUUGAUGACAGCUUUGCAUACUCUUGGCAUUCUCUCAAUCAGCUUCAUGAGGUAGUCACCUGGAAUGCAUUUCAAUUAACAGGUGUGCCUUGUUAAUUUGUGGAAUUUAUUUCCUUCUUAAUGCGUUUGAGCCAAUCAGUUGUGUUGUGACAAGGUAGGGGUGGUAUACAGAAGAUAGCCAUGUUUGGUAAAAGACCAAGUCCAUAUUAUGGCAAGAACAGCUCAAAUAAGCAAAGAGAAACGACAGUCCAUCAUUACUUUUAAGACAUGAAGGUCAGUCAAUACAGAAAAUGUCAAGAACUUUGAAAGUUUCUUCAAGUGCAGUCGCAAAAACCAUCAAGGCUAUGAUGAAACUGGCUCUCAUGAGGACUGCCAUAGGAAUGGAAGACCCAGAGUUACCUCUGCUGCAGAGGAUAAGUUCAUUAGAGUUAACUGCACCUCAGAUUGCAGCCCAAAUAAAUGCUUCACAGAGUUCAAGUAACAGACACAUCUCAACAUCAACUGUACAGAGGAGACUGUGUGAAUCAGGCCUUCAUGGUCAAAUUGCUGCAAAGAAACCACUACUAAAGGACACCAAUAUUAAGAAGAGACUUGCUUGGGCCAAGAAACACGAGCAAUGGACAUUAGACCUGUGGAAAUCUGUACUUUGGUCUGAUGAGUCCAAAUUUGAGAUUUUUGGUUCCAACCGCCGUGUCUUUGUGAGACGCAUCUGUGGUUCCCACCGUGAAGCAUAGAGGAGGUGUGAUGGUGUAAUGGUGUGGGGGUGCUUUGCUGGUGACACUGUCUGUGAUUAAUUUAGAAUUCAAGGCACACUUAACCAGCAUGGCUACCACAGCAUUCUGCAGCGAAACGCCAUCCCAUCUGGUUUGUGCUUAGUGGGACUAUCAUUUGUUUUUCAACAGGACAAUGACCCAAAACACACCUCCAGGCUGUGUAAGGGCUAUUUGACCAAGAAGGAGAGUGAUGGAGUGCUGCGUCAGAUGACCUGGCCUCCACAAUCACCCGAUCUCAACCCAAUUGAGAUGGUUUGGGAUGAGUUGGACCGCAGAGUGAAGGAAAAGCAGCCAAUAAGUGCUCAACAUAUGUAGGAACUCAUUCAAGACUGUUGUAAAAGCAUUCCUCAUGAAGCUGGUUGAGAGAAUGCCAAGAGUGUGCGAAGCUGUCAAGGCAAAGGGUGGCUAUUUGAAGAAUCUCAAAUAUUUUUUGUUUACUACAUGAUUCAAUAUGUUAUUUCAUAGUUUUGAUGUCUUCACUAUUAUUCUACAAUGUAGAAAAUAGUUAAAAAAAAUAAAGAAAUUACCCUUGAAUGAGUAGGUGUGUCCAAACUUUUGACUGGUACUGUAUACAGCAGGGUUCUUCAAUUCCGGUCGUGGAGGGCCGAAACACUUCUGUUUUUUAUUUCUACCUGGUAGUUAAUUGCACUCACCUGGUGUCCCAGGUCUGAAUUAGCCCCUGAUUAGAAGGAGAGGAUGAAAAACAGAGGUGUUUCGGCCCUCCAGGACCGGAAUUGAAGAACCCUGGUAUACAGGAAAGUUCAUCAGCUAGAAGUCUUAAAGUUUGUGGAAAUGUUGAGGAUUCUAUAGUACAGGGGUUAUGCAUAUCAUAUUGAAGGAUGCUUGAUAUGUGAAUAACUGAUAUAGAGAAAUGUGUUGAACUUGUGACCCACAUGUAAACAGCCUCCCCGGUCCUAUGGCCUUCUGAGUGGGAUGUCUUCAGAGAGGUUCUGCUGUCUUGUAACUAAGAGAGAUGAGAGGUCCAGGAGGCCAGCUGGUGUCACUCAUACCUACUGCACAUUCAACAUAACUCACCGCCAACAAUGAAUCAUGUUGCACCUCUCUCACACAUACACACACACAAACACACACACACAUAGUGUUCUUACGCUUGCUCGCACACACACACACACACACACACACACAAAUAUACACACACACCCCUCCCUCCUCUACUCCCUCCUCACAGCUCUUUUAUUCUCUACCUCUUGCUAAAUCUUCUCUCGGUUCAUGCCAGUAUGUAAUCAAUUCCAUUUCUACCACUGGUCAGUCAGAAUUAAAUGGUGCAAUUUGUCUUUAUAUACAUAUCCAUUCAUCACUGGGUUUAUUUGUCUGAUUCAAAAUAUAUUUGUUCCUCAUGGUCAUCUCAGUUGCAGAGAAGUACAGUAGCUACUGUUGCACAAUAGUCAUUCUUUUUAGAUUGUGUCUAUAGCCAUCCUUAGUUAGUUGCACUGAAAGGACAACUUUUCCUCAACUGCAGUCACCCUGUAUCUGUCAAGGCCUGAUGGUUGUUUAACAAAAUAUGAUAGGAGGUUCAACUAGUCAAAAGGUUACUUUGGUCUUCUUGACCUUGAAUUUGACAUUUCAUUUACUUGGCUAUCUCUCUCAGGUCAUUUCUCAUACAGUAGAUAUUUAGUUCACUCCCACUGAAAUGUGAGCUAGUGUGAGAGUUGGAAGAGAGCAGACUCAGAAAGCAGCUUUGGCACCGUCCUCUUGUUCAGAGGCUGUCCGCAAAAGAGAACUUACCAUGCUUAAUGUACCACACCACUGCAUGUUCAAAACUUAAAGCACUCUUAAUGAUGCCAGACAAGAAAUGUCUAUUUUCCAUCUAGAGGUGUUGUUGGAGUGACUUGAGUCAAAGGUCAUCUUGCAUAGCAAAUUCUCAACGUUAAAUUCCCUGUUGAUAUAAAAUGGGGUUUGGGGCAGCUAUGCUUGCUGUGAGCUAUAAUAAAUUAAACUGUAUAUAAACGUGUGUGUAUGUGUGGUGUGUGUGUGUGUCUUUGUGUGUAGUGUGUACCUGUAUGUGGUUGUGUUUUUUGUUUUCUAAGGUUUGUACUGUAAUGUCUGUUGUGGUGGGUGGAUAGGUGACUGUGUGUGUGUGUGUGUGUGUGUGUUUGUGAGUGUGUUGAAGAACAAGAUUGCUUGCAAGCAUGCUGUUCAGCCUGACUAGAAUAUUUAACUUGCCUGGUUUGUGUGGGUGUGUGUGUGGGUGGUAAGCCUGUAUGUGUAUGGAUGGACGUGUGUAUGGCAUGUGUAUGUGUGUAUAAGUGUGUGUCCCAGGCGGACAGGUGUGUGUCCCAGCCCCAGGUUGGUUCGGGGCAGAGGCAGUAACUCCUGUCCCUCUCCCUGCAGGUGGCAGACAGCGAAGCAGCACCAGUCACUAGCAGGCCUCUCGCUCUUGGUCUGUCUCUCUACCUGGCUCUGGCUGUGUGUCUGCUGCUGCCUCCGCUGCUGCUCUCACUGUCAGUGCUGGCUGAUCUGGCUUGUUAACCCCCCCAGAAGCCCCCCUUGCUCCCUUGCCCCCAUCUCCUUGCACCUCUUCUUCAGAUCCCACUGUCUGGCCCCUUUCUCCCUCCUUGCCCCCUGGGCUCCCCCUCUGCCACCUCCCCCUGGCUGCCCUGCUCCUAGGCAGGGGCACAUCCCCCCCUGGGGUCCCUCCCGGUGUUGGUGGGGCGAGGUGGGGGGCAAGGUGAGGUAAGGCGGGGGGCCCGUGUCAGUGUGCCUCUCUCUGUGUCGCUCCAGGUUACGGGCUGAUGCAGGAGGAGCUGCUCUCCCCUCCCUCCAUGCAGUACAGCCUGCCCUCCCCGCUGGGCAACGAGCCCUACUGGCAGGAAGUCUCCAGUCUGGAGUGUGCUCCCAUGGCCACCACAGAGGAGGACACGCUCAUGGAGAUGUCCGAUGUGCAGGUGUGGCCCUCUGGCAACAGCCCCUCCUUAGUGGCCGUGGAGGACUCCUCGCUGGAGUGCAGCAAUGCCGACGACUCGGAGGGGCUGCUGGGGCUGCCGUAUGGGAGCCUGGGCCGGCCGGGCAGUGGGGCCAGCGGUGGGGGCGGGGGGCUGAGUGGAUCUAUGGAGCUGGUAGAGGACAACUCAGAGAUGGGGGCUGUUGACUCGUUCAGCACCGCCACCCCUGCCACCCCUGCCUCGUUCAGCACCGCCACCCCUGCCACCCCUGCCUCGUUCAGCACCGCCACCCCUGCCACACCUUCUUCGUUCGGAGGCACCAUCGCCGCCGCGGUCAACAACGUUAACGGGCUGGACAAAGGUCAAGUGUCAAAUGUCGUGAGGUCAGAGGCAGCAGCGGUCGGAGGCAACAUGGCGGGUGGAGAUGGAGCUGGAGGAGGAGGAGGAGGAGGAGGAGGAGGAGGAGGAGGGACAGGCUCAGAGGAAGGGCUUUCUCUUGUUGCAGGACAACAGCAGCGGGUGUACGCCCGGCUGAGCGAGUCGCCCGGUCUGAGCCGCGUGGCAGAUCGUAAUGGAGACAGGUGAGUGUGUUGUCAGACCUCAGUCAGUCUGCAGCUCAGCUGGACACAGUACUGGCCAGACAGGGGGUGGUCCAGAGUUCAGACACUCACCUCUGAGACAACUCACUGAGCCUCAGGACACGUCAAUGUUGCUGUGUUUCCUAACCUAAUAAUACAAUAUUUAGUUUUAGUAAAAGAGUGUUCUAUGAAGGAAUAUUAGAGUCAGCUUUUGUUUGACCCACACAUUUGAUACACAUUGGCCUCUUUCUCCUCCUUUGACCAUUUGUCUCUUCUCCUCUCACUCCUCCUUUCUCUCCUCCUCUCACUUGUCCUCUCUCUCCACCUCUCUUCAUCUCUCUCCUCCUAUUUUCACUCAUCCUCUGCCUCCUUAGGUCCAGUGGUUGCAGUGGUGGUAGUGGAGGCAGCGGUGGAGGUGGUGGAGGCUCUUUCCUGUCCUACCUGCAGGAGCAGUCGGGUCCAGGCUGGCAACCUGUCACGGACCACACUCAGGCCUGGGUGGGCUCGCAGACAGCCAAACCCAGGCAGGCCAUGGACUCUAUGAUGUCAUCAGUACGCGCCGCCAUGGACGUGGACCCAAGCCAGUCCCGCGUGUCCCAGGAGGCCUUGCUUCAGCCGGUGCGGGACAUGGGGCACACGGAGAUCCUGCGCGGGCACUUCAGGGGCACCCAGCCGUUUGAGAAGGGCCUGGGGUUCCCUCACAGGGUGCCAGAGCUGCGGACCUGGGACGAAGUACGCCUGAGGGGGCAGGUAUGUGGGAAACCAAUGCUAUUAUCUUAGCUAUCACAAGACUAUGUUAUACGCCACUUAAAUUAAGUACAAUAACUCUGGCCCAAGUAUGCAUAGGUACGUUUUUACAUAUCCAUGAGAUGGUAAGUAAACAUUGAUUAAAGGCAGCUAUAAUACAUUAGGUAUGGACAGGUCCCUAAAUGAUCCAGCUCAUCAUGUAAAAGCUGUGUUAAUGCUGUAGGAGUUGUCUGACCACAGUCCAAACCCAGUGACAGUAGGCUAUGACUGAAGUUGAUUAUUUAUGGUACUGUAAUCCCACGCUCUUCUCACGCCCACAUAUAAACACACACACACACACACAAACAGAAGGCCCAAGAAGGGCAGAAACAGCCUGUCAAGCCAAAUAUAGCAGCCCCUGUCACCGGAUCCCCAAUCCCACCCCAUCACACGUGUCAUCUACUGUAGUAUACUGGCACUGCAUCAGACCAACCAGAGCACCCUAAAGGACAUGCCAGCUUUAUCACGCUGUGAGAGGGCAAAGAGGGACUGUUGCUGUUUGAGUCUCUGUGGGCUCCCUGGUAGGUGAUGAUAUUGUUAUAUUGGGACUGCCAGUGUGUUGGUACAGUUACCACAGAUAACAAUGUUUCCCAUAGAGAAUCAGUGGCAGGAAAUGGUCUCGCUGCAGACUAUCUGCAUCUUACUGUACUGUGCAAGUGAAAUAGAUCCCAAACCAUUACAGAAUAAUAACGUAUGUAAUUGUGGUGGAACAUAUUCCAUGGGAAGUAAUAAUGUAAGUGUGAAAGUAUAGUGUAUGGUUGUGUGUACCAGAGGGAGGCCUUAAGGUCAGGGUGCAAGUGUAUCAGUGUUCUUCUCACGCUCAGCCUCUCAGACUUACAGAGCAGAGCAGAGCAGAGCGCCUCUCUGGAGCAGCCAGAGGUAUUUAAAGACUACGGAUCAUAUGGCUGGGAGAGAGAGAGAGCAGAGGGG